UUUUGAUUUUUCAGAGCUUUUCCAUUAAAGUGCUUUUUAACUUUGUUUUUGAUUUUUCAGACUAUUUUCUUGUUCAAUUAUCAUAGAAGGUAGUAAGUAAUACUCCAACAUAUAUAUCAAAAGAUCCGACAUAAAAUUAUUUUCAAAAAGUUAAUCCGAUAACAAAAAUGAUUUGAUUUGUAACUUUUGUCACAAAAAGUUACAAAAGGGGUAUCUAUUGUACAAAACAACAUCUUGUUGGGGGGUUUCAAAAUACUACGACUUACAAAAGAUGUCCGCCUCAUGUAGGUGAAGAAAUUAAAAUUUUCAUGCAGAAAAAGAUGGAGAGAAGUAAUCUUUCUAAACUUGCGACAUUGGACUUUGAGAACGUAGACCCUCUUGGUGAUGAUAUUGAUAUGGAUGAUAUUAGAGUUAAAGCUGUGCCGCUUAUAAGUAUAAGUACAAAUUCUACAUCAGUGAAUAUGCAAACAAGGCCCAGACAAAUAGGUCCAAUGGAUACGUAUUUUGCUCCUAAUGUGCAAAAAAAUAUUGAAAAUAGAAAGGGUACAAAGAGACAAACUAUGAUAAAUGAGGCAUACAAGAAAGAAUUAAGGGAAAAAGCUUGUAUGGCCAUAACUGCGUGGAUGUAUGAUGCGGCAAUUCCUUUUAAUGCCGUUAACUAUUCAAGCUUCAAAAGGAUGUUGGACUUGGUUGUCCAAUAUGGUGUUGGUCUAAAAGGACCUAAUUAUCAUGAGGUGUGGGUUCCUUUUCUAAAAAAGGCUGUUGAUAGUGUAACAAAUGAUUACAUUAAAUCGUGUGAAACAGAAUGGGCCAAGUAUGGUUGUAGUUUGAUGGCAGAUGGGUGGACAGAUAAAAGACAUAGGACAUGGAUUAAUUUUUUAGUGAAUUUUCCUAAAGGUUCAAUUUUCAUCGAAUCGGUCGAUGUUUCUGAUUAUGCAAGGACUGGAGAAAAUAUUCAGUUGCUUGAUUGAUUUAUGGAGUGUGUAGGAGAAGAAAUGUUGUUCAAGUUGUUACGGAUAGUGCAAGUAACAAUGUGCUUGCUGGAAAAUUAUUAGAAGCAAAAAGGCCACACUUGUAUAGGACUCCUUGUGCUGCUCACUGCGUUGACUUGAUAUUAGAAGAUAUUGGGAAAUUGCUUGAUUUUAAAGCAACAUUGAAGAAGACAAUGAGUGUGAAUGCUUACAUUUAUGUUCGCCCCGGCAUGGUAAAUAUGUUGAGGCAAUUCACAAGACAAACUUUGUCAGGCGGGUGUCACAAGAUUUGCUACUGCUUUUUUCACUCUUGAAAGGAUGCACCUACAGAAGCAAAAUUUAAGAAAAAUGUUCAUUUCAAAGGAUUUGACAGAGAGUAAAUGGGCAAAAGAAGUAGUGGGAAAGAAGAUUGAAGUUUCCCUAAAGAUGUUGAGAGCAGGAAAGCAUGUUAUUCAAGAGAAACCUGCUGCUGGAUCUGUGAGUGAGGCAGAGGCAGCACUAUCGUCCUACAAUUCUUUUUGCAAUGACCUCCCUCGCCAACCGGUUUGGGCUCUAGCUGAGAAUUAUCGCUUUGAACCUGCAUUUGUUGAGUCCAGAAAAUUGUUGAAUAGCAUUGGUGAUAUGAUGCACGUCCAAGUCAGCAUUGAGGGAUCAAUGAACAGUAAAAAUCCAUACUUCUCAAGUUCCUGGCGGCGAAAUUUUACUGGAGGCUUCAUUCUGGAUAUGGGCGUACACUUUAUUGCAGGAUUGAGAAUGAUUGUUGGGUGUGAGAUCAACAUGGUAUCUGCCAUUACUCGUCAUGUGGAUGUGACUCUGCCUCCACCUGAUAAUAUAUGCUCUCUCUUCCAAUUGGAAAAUGGGUGUGCGGGGGUAUUUGUAAUGGCAGUGAACUCAAGCUCUCCAAAGAUAUAUUGGCGUAUUGAUGGUUCUAAAGGAGCAUUGCAAAUUGAGCGUGAUAUUGACAAUGGUCGUCAUGGCUAUAUGGUACGCUUUUACACAGCAGGUGGCCAUUGCCAAAGUACUUUUUAUCCUUUCUCUGGCGUAAAUGAGGAAUUGAAGGCAUUUAUUUCGGAUGUUUUACAAACCAAUAACAAAGAGGGUUCAUCUGGCCAUAACCCCGAAGCUCGUAGUUCAUAUAUCGAAGGGGCACGCGAUGUUGCUGUGCUGGAAGCCAUGCUUGAAUCAAGCAUGAAACAAGGAAAUCCUGUCCAUGUGAAAAGGCUAUGAUUAACUUGUGUUCAAGAGUCUUUUCUAGAAAAAUAAAAUCAGUUCUUUCAUUUUUGAUUUGGUAGAAGAAACUCAUAUGUAGUAUGCCUAUAGAAGAGGAGGAUUUCUUUUUGAUACUUUAUGUUGAUCCUGGAGUAAAAUAUGUGUAAUGGGCAUAAUAACUACUGCUAUUUGUUACUCUUUCAUCUCCUCUUCGUGAAGGUUUUAAAUUAUUAUUUCGUUGAGC